CUUCCUAAGAGUUAACAUGGGAGCACAGUAAGUUUCUUCAAUUUCCCUGGUGUUUGCAUUGCCUCUCAUUGACUUAUGAGCAUGUAUAAUCUUUUCAUCAAAGUGUUGUAAGCCAGGCAGUGGUGGCGCAUGCCUUUAAUCCCUGCACUCUGAUCUACAAGAGCUAGUUCCAGGGCAGGCACCAAAGCUACAGUGAACCCUGUCUCGACCCCCCCCCCCCCAACAUGGUGUUUAAACACCAGAAUAAAUUCAACAGCUGAGCCAAGCAAAGCAAACAAUAACAACAAAACCCAUGUAUGUCCCGGGCUGUUUCGUAUGCAUUAGAAAUAGUGUUGGGCAUGGCAGAGUAACCUCAGCACCAGAAGGCUGAGGCAGAAGGAUUAUGAAUUUGAACCCAGCCUGGUCUACAUGGAGAGUUCAUAUAAAGAAAAAAAAAUGAAUUCUGAGUUCAUUACACCCAAGAGUGGGCCUCACAUAUCCAGGUGUGAACAAACUGCCAAACUAUAGAUCUUAACUCUCUAAGGCUUUCAGAACAGAGUCCAAAAGCCGAAGGAAGAGGCCAACUUAGCUUCUGUUUCACAAUAACCUUCGUCGUAGACUAAUUACACGAAGUUGGCACUUCCGAGACGGAGUGCAAAAGUCAACCGAGAACUUGGCAGAUCCUGCGCGCGAGGAGCACUGCGGAAACCGUAGCCUCAGGGUUAGCAGGGACCGGAACCCGAUUUCUCCACACUUUGUCCCGAGUGGGACGACAGUUCGGACGCACAUUUCUGGUUAAAAGCGGACGCGGCUCCGAGCCGGAGCGAGCAGCCGGGAGAGUCGUGGCGGGCGGGAGACCGCCCUGCCUGACUGAAGGGAGCAAGGUGCCACCGCGCGCUUCCGGUGCCCAGCUUCCGGCUCCGGGUCCGGGCCUGGGACAGAGGCGGAGCCACUGCCUGCCGCGACUUUCAGACUCCUACUAUGGCUACGCGCUGGUGGUGCUGGCGGCGGGGCUGCUCCUGGAGGCCGGCGGCCGGGAGGCCGCGGCCGGGACGCCCUGGCUGUGCGGGGCCGCUCGGGACGUGCGCCGCCUCGGACACCCGCGCGCAGGUGCCCUAUUUUAGCCUAGUGAAGACUUUAACAUCUGCCUUCCCAAAUGUGCAUAGUAUAUCACAGUUCCAUCAACGGACACCAGCAGUGUGCUGUUGUAGUCAAACACAGAGUGGUGAGAAAUACAUUGAUCCUUUUAAACUUGGCUGGAGAGACUUGAAAGGUCUGUAUGAAGACAUUAGAAAGGAGCUUUGCAUCUCCACCAAAGAACUGAAGGACAUGUCUGAAUACUACUUCGAUGGCAAAGGAAAAGCUGUUAGACCGAUUAUCGUGGUGCUAAUGGCCCGAGCAUGUAAUAUUCAUUAUAAUAACUCCCGAGAUGUGCAAGCCAACCAGCGCGCCAUAGCCUUAGUUGCAGAAAUGAUCCACACUGCUAGUCUGGUUCACGAUGACGUUAUUGACGACGCAAGUUCUCGAAGAGGAAAACAUACAGUUAAUAAAAUCUGGGGUGAACAAAAGGCUGUUCUUGCCGGAGAUUUAAUUCUUUCUGCAGCUUCCAUAGCUCUGGCACGAAUUGGAAACACAGCUGUUAUAUCUAUUUUAACCCAAGUUAUUGAAGAUUUGGUGCGUGGUGAAUUUCUUCAGCUAGGGUCGAAAGAAAAUGAGAAUGAAAGGUUUGCCCACUACCUUGAAAAGACCUUCAAGAAGACGGCCAGUCUCAUAGCCAACAGUUGUAAAGCAGUCUCUGUCCUGGGCUGCCCCGAUCCAGUGGUGCAUGAGAUUGCCUAUCAGUAUGGGAAAAAUGUUGGAAUAGCUUUUCAGCUCAUAGAUGACGUAUUGGACUUCACCUCCUGCUCUGACCAGAUGGGCAAGCCAACUUCCGCAGACCUGAAGCUAGGCUUAGCCACUGGCCCUGUCUUGUUUGCUUGCCAGCAGUUCCCAGAAAUGAAUGCUAUGAUAAUGAGGCGGUUCAGCUUGCCAGGGGAUGUGGACAGAGCCCGACAGUAUGUAUUAGAGAGUGAUGGCGUGCAACAGACAACCUACCUCGCCCAGCGGUACUGCCAUGAAGCAGUGAGGGAGAUCAGGAAACUUAGACCAUCCACAGAAAGGGAUGCCCUCAUCCAGCUUUCAGAAAGUGUGCUCACAAGAGAUAAAUGACAAAUUUUUCUGUUCUUCCCGGCAGCUAUUUUACCAGACUGUGCCUAAUGAAUUUUGUGAAACACUAUUUGCUCCACCUGCAGAUAACCAAAAAUCACUUUAGGAAAUAAUUUCAACCUUAUUGAUGGGCAAUUUUUUUUUUAUUGGCAAAGUUUUUCAGAAAACUUUUUAAAUGUAAUUAAACCAGUGUCACUAUAGUCCUAUAAAGUCUAAUUGAGGUAUCCUGAUGGUUAUGUGUGGCACUGUACACUGUUAAUGCCCACAUGGAAAGCCAUUACACAAAUAAAUAAUCAACGUUAAAAUUCAAGUGGUUUGUCUUUGUUUCAUAAGAAUUUCAGGGAAUUUUGAAGUCUGUACUUAAAUUUAAAUCCACAUUAGUUAUGUUUUAACAAUAUCCAACUUUUUUCAUAGAGGAACAUAGUUUAUUAUAAAAGACUGUAGAUAAAAUUUAGACAACAGGUUAUUUACAAAUUAAGAAAACAUUCUGCUUCAAAAAGAAAAGGCAUAAUAUAGCUAUCUGAUCACUAAUGACAUACUUUAAAAAUAACAAAGGUAAAUAAAAUAUAUAUGAAAUAGUUGAUGAUUUGGUAGAAACAAUGGUCUUUAGUUUUCAGAAAUACUUUGUACUGCUCUCAUCAUUAUUAUGCUGCCAUAAGUCUGUAACCCUCAAUACAUAGAAACCCACACUUGUGUGAUCUACUGUAAUAUCCUAAGCAGUACAGAAUUAUACACAAGACAAACAGCCCUAAGAUCCCUCUCACCCUCCCUUAAGUCAAGGAGACACACAAAGUGCAUGUGUUGCAUUUCAGUUACAAUACAGACCUGCCUGUUACCUGUUUACAGGUAAUACAUGGCCUACUUUCUUUUCCAAUUGUAUGUUGCUAGUGCCGUGUAAUGGGCUACCUAUGCCUAUCCACAAAUUAAUUGUAUUCACUUUUACAAUACAUAAGAGAUUUUCCUUUUAUUGAACCAGUGUAAAUUCAUUUUAAUCAAAACCACAGGAAUAGUGUAGCAUCCCUUUGGAUUUUUAUCUACAGAAUGAUGUGUUCACUUUGACAGAAUGUUCUAGCUCCAAAAUCUGCAAAAUUCUGUCACAUCAUGCUGUUCGGACACAUGUUUCCAAGUUAAUACACUGAGAAAAUAGGACCAUAAUUCUGCAAUAAACCUUUUGUGUUGGGAUUAUGUGUGCAUGCAUACGCACGAGCACACAUGUUUAAAGCAAACCAGUAAAGGAGAGGACAAAAUCCUUUGGUUUACUUAUGUAUUUAUGAGUGGAAAAAUUUAUAAUGCAAAUUU